CACAUCAUGAAGCUGUUUGCUCUUGCAUUAAUUGUGGCUUCUGCUGCUGCUAUUCCGUUAAAUCAUACUCGAAAUGUUGACGAAGAGGAUUGGCAACUAGUCCCAGAUUCCAGCGGAAAUAUGCAUCUGGUCGAUAUCCGAAGCAACGAUAAUCAGGAGAUAACACCACUAUUCAAUGCAUUCAACGAUGCUGUGUUCCGUUUAUUCACCAGAAGCAAUCCAACGUCACCUCAAUUUAUCCAAAUAAAUAAUAAUGGUCAGCUUAUCAACAGUCACUUUAAUGUUAAUCAUCAGACGCGAUUUCACAUUCACGGGUGGAACGGAGGCGGACAUGAUGGUACCGGUUCGGUGCUGAGGAACGCGUACUUGAAUCGUGGCGAUUUCAAUUUCUUCACUUUAGACUGGGGAUUGGGAGCAGGUACACCAAAUUAUAUUCUUGCACGAAAUCGCGUAAAUGAAGUUGGUCAUGUUCUUGCGCAAUUUGUUGAUUUCUUAAACGUUAACGGUUUACCUCAUUCGAGAGUUGGAUUAUUGGGUCACUCGUUAGGAGCACACGUGGCUGGAGCGGCAGGAAAACGAACAACGCGAGGAAGAGUGGAAUUCAUAGUCGGCUUAGAUGCGGCCGGACCUCUCUUCUCUCUUGAUGAUCCAGUGAACAGGAUUCAUCAUACAGAUGCUAAUUAUGUGGAGGCAAUUAUAACAGAUGGUGGUAGACUCGGAUUCCAACAUCCCAUUGCACAUGCCAAUUUUUAUCCAAAUUGGGGCACUAGUCAGCCGGGGUGUGGCGUAGAUCUAACUGGACAAUGUGGUCACAGUCUAGUAAGGCCAUUAAUGGCAGAGUCAGUCAAUCCAAUGCAAAUUUUUGGCGCUAUUCGGUGCAGAGAUUUAGACGAUAUUCGCAAUAGAAAUUGCGUAGUGAGCGGUACAAGUAGACGUAUGGGAGGAGAGCCUGUUCAAGAUGGACCUGGGAUUGUUGGAAGUGUAUAUUUCUUGACAACAAAUGGUGCUUCACCGUUCGCUCACGGACCGAGAUAAGCUUAAAUGAAUAGACGGCUAAUCAUUUGCUAUCGACCAAAUUAACCAAUGAGGUCAUCUAACGUGCCGUGAUGUUAUAGCAAAAUACAUUUUUGAACGGAUGAA